CCAGACACCGAGCAGUAGACGAUCCAAUCCACACGUAAACGGCAACAUGAAACUCGGUCUCUGGUUUGGCAUCUUCGCCAUCGCCGCCGCGCCGCUGGUGAGCGCUAACUAUGGCCAUGGUCACCAUGGUGGUGCCGGUGGACAGUAUCUGUCCGGCGGUCCCAAUGCCGGACUCGAUGAGUACGUGAAUGUGGCCACCGGUGGCAACCAGCCGGCGGCUAACCAGAUCGCCUCGCAGGCUGAGAUCCAGCCCACGCCGGAGGAGGCCCGCCGUCUGGGCCGCGUCCAGGCUCAGCUCCAGGCUCUGAACGCCGAUCCCAACUACCAGAAGCUGAAGAACUCCGAGGACAUUGCCGAGUCCCUGGCCGAGACCAAUUUGGCCAGCAACAUCCGUCAGGGCAAGAUCAAGGUGGUGUCCCCCCAGUUCGUCGAUCAGCAUCUGUUCCGCUCCCUGCUGGUGCCCUCGGGUCACAACAAUCACCAGGUGAUCGCCACCCAGCCCCUGCCCCCCAUCAUUGUCCACCAGCCAGGCGCACCGCCCGCACAUGUGAACAGCGGUCCCCCGACCGUGGUCCGUGGCAAUCCGGUGAUCUACAAGAUCAAGCCCUCGGUCAUCUACCAGCAGGAGGUGAUCAACAAGGUGCCCACUCCCCUCAGCCUCAACCCCGUCUACGUGAAGGUCUACAAGCCCGGCAAGAAGAUCGAGGCCCCGCUGGCCCCCGUGGUUGCCCCCCAGUACAACCACCAGCCGCAGGGCUAUGGUCCCAGCUAUGGUAGCUCCGGUGCCGCCUCCGCUGCCGGUGCCGCCGCCUCCUCCGCCGAUGGCUACUCCGCCGGCAACGAGGCUCCACUGUACGCCAGCCCCGCUCCCUAUGGCCAGAGCAGCUACUAAGGGGAGAUGGCAUCGCCUCCGUGGCUUAAUUUAAUUUAAAUGUUCUCCUCCUUUUUUUUAAUUUUAUUUCUCAGCCGAGUGCGGCUGUGUGCAAAUAAAAGACGAAAAGAAAGAAAUUCUUAAAAAUGUAAA